AACACUCUGACCUCAUUGACCUUUAAUCCUUUCAGUGAGGUCACUGUCCUGAGCAAGAAAAGCACAGACAGUAACACACUCACCAUCAGAUACUGUAUUCUGCACACCAAUCCAAAUAUGACACAUACAUGCGUUUAAUGUGUUGUCAACAUGUUUAAACAUAAUUAUCAUGGUAAUAUAUUUAAACCACCCUGCACACACACAGACAGAAGCAUGUGAUUGGCUGGUCAAUGACCUGCAGCAUUUAAACAAUUAACUGAAGUGAAACAGAUUUAAAUAGAUUUAAGAGUGCUGAUGUUUCCUAGAAAAGCACCUAACUUAGAUAUUGUAAUGUGUGUGUGUAUAAGAGAGUAUUUAAAGAGGGGAGAGGCUUUACCAACCGCAGUGAUUCUGAAUAAAGUGUCUCAGUUCUUCUUGCAGUUUGUGUGCUGUUUGACUUCAUCAUGCAGCAAAUCUACACACAGAGCCAUGAAGAGUUUGAGGUGUUCACCACUGUUCUGUCGCCUCAAGUUUGUCGGAAGAGAGUGAUAUUCAAGCACCAAGGAGAUCUGGUGGUUGUGACGGCAGACUACAGUGCAGACUGUGAUGAAGAGCUGAGUGUCCGUGCCGGUGAGGUAGUGUUGCUUCUGUAUCAGGAGAAUGCUGACUGGUGUUACGUCCAACUUCAGAACGGAAAGGAAGGAUAUGUUCCCACAGCCUGCUUCAUUACGAAGCAGGAGCCACUGAGGCCCAUUGUGACUCAGACAUCGCAAAACUUCACGCAAGCGUUGUCUAAUGAUCGGAGUGGCUGUUCUGGAGGGCACUCUCUGAAACUGCCGCGGCGAGCGUCUCUGUCAGGAGUGCCGGGUUCACCUCGAUUGCUUCAGCGACUGCUCUCUCGUCGAUGUAGUGAUGGACAUGCUGUACGUUCGAUCGGCUCCAUCAAUCCUGCGUUUCAUCCUGACUGAUGGAUCUAACUCUAGAGCUCCACCUUUCUCUUCUAAAUGGGUCACAGAAGAGCAGAAACUAGGACAGUAUGACACCAAAGUUCAGUCUGUAUGCAACUCCUUCAGAUUUGGAGAGAAAACAGAAGUUCAGUGUCCUGAUUAGAGUUUGGGGCCUCAGUAACUUCAUAGCCAGUUUGUGGCACUGAGCCUGCAACUGGUAUCAGGAAUCUUUACUAUUACUGCCCUAUGUAAAUAUUGUGAUUUUGAUUGGAAAUAUCACACUCUUCGCCUAUGAACAUAUUUGUUUGACUAAUAAUGCAGAAAGACUACAAUGAGAAAUUGUUGUUAGUUUAUAAAUGUGUGUGUGUGUGUGUAUAAAAGGCUAGUGUUGCCAAUCUACUAAAGAGUCUUAUAUAAGUUGAUUACCAGAGAAAGUUAUUUUGAUGUAUUACAAUUUAUAAAAACACAGAAAAAAUGUGCUUACAGAAAACCAUUUACAUUGGAAGUACUAUAGAAUAUUAUGGAGUGUGCCCUACAUUUAGAUUUCCAUUUUAAGAACAACAAUUUUUUUUUGGUUUUAUUUGACCCUGAAUGUUUUAUAAUUCUGCAUAUUACGUACAAAUAAUACAUCAAUGUAAUUUCAACCACACCUCAGAUCAUAACAUACCACAAGGUAUCUAAAAAAAACUAUUAAUAUUGUUUAUUUAUAUUUUUCCAAGUUUGUAAUUAUUUAUGGUAUGUAUACUUAAAAUUGUGGUGUUUACCCUUAUUUUUUAAGGUUUUUUUUUUUUUAUCUUGUAUUUAGAGGACAUUGGCAUACAGCUGGAUGCUGCAAAAUUUUUAUGAAAUGAAGUGUCAAUUUGGUAAUUCACAGUCUGAUUAUAAUCAUCAUCACUUCAUCAAGCUGAACUAGGAGAAAAAUAGCAACACUAAUUUAGUAAUGCAGUACAAUUAGGUUCAAUUUGUGAAUGCAUUAUAUUUUAUGAACUAACAAUGAACAAUUUUUUACAGAAUUUACUGUAGUUAAUAUCAAUACAUGUACUAUUUACUUUACAUUCAUUCGUAAAACAUGUUAAAUUUAUUUUUACAACCAAAAACAUAAAAAAUGUAUUAGUAUACUAUUAGUAUAUAUUUUAAGUAAUUACUUCUAUGAAGCAAGCAUUCGUUAAAUU